CACCAUUCAUAUGAAUCAUAUCCAUCGAUCACUGGUUGUGUGCUUUCAGUUCAUCGCUGUUCUCAGAACAGAGAAGAAGAAAGUGAAAAAUUGUGAAGAAAAAUGGUAGUUAUGAACCACUACAAUUGUGUAACAUGUGCAGCAACACCAAUAUCACAAGAUUCACCAUUACCAGACCCAAGAAAAACCAAGGUUAUUCUUCCCAAUAAGAAACCCAUGAAAUGGUCCUCUGGUAUGGCUCCUGGUGAUUACGGUGGUCCUCCCCUAACCACCAAGCUUCGCAAGUAUUGGGGUGGUGAGGAUCCUGACCCUAUGGCUUCUGAUGACUAUAUGUGGAACAAGGAUUUCGUCCCGCGUUUCAAGAGGAUGAUUCAGCAACCGAAAACUCCCAUUCAACCUCCAAAGGAAGUACCUUCUGGGUUUCUUAGCUUAAACAGAGUCAUGAGCCUCAACAGUAUGGAAGUUGAUUUGAGCAAAGAACUCUCAGCUCCUGUAAAUCAAAUUGUUCAGCAGCAACUAGAGACGCCAACUAUUGCGACUGAAAGUCUAAGCAAGAGGGCAAAAUGGAGAUUGGCGCCAACACGCCGCGAGCUAGACAAAUGGAAUAGAGCUGCCAAAGCUGCAACUGACGGAAGCGAUGUGAUGUUUCGGGAAUUAAGGAAGUCUCGUGAAAAUCCUGAAGUAUUGGCUGCUCAAUACAGGGAGCAGUAUUAUAAGUUAAAGAAGAGGUUGCAAGUGCUUACGUUGGGUAUAGGCUGCAUUGGGCUGGUUUCAACUUAUGUUUCUUAUUCUCCUGAGAUCGCAGCUAGCUUUGGUGCUGGCUUUCUUGGUUCUUUGGCGUAUAUCCGCAUGCUGGGAAGUAGCGUGGAUUCACUUAGUUCAAAUGGUUCAAGGGCCCUUAUCAAAGGAGCAGUUGGGCAACCAAGAUUGCUGGUUCCUGUUAUAUUGGUCAUGAUUUAUAAUCGAUGGAAUGCGAUUCUUGUUCCAGAAUAUGGUAUUAUGCACUUAGAAUUGAUACCAAUGCUAGUUGGUUUUUUCACAUACAAAAUAGCAACUUUUGCCCAAGCUAUAGAGGAGGUGAUUACUGUUGCUUCAAAGAAGGACCUAAAUAUAUCGUCUAAGGACUAGAUUUGGGUCAUUUGUCGUAACCAUGUGUUAAUAUCAUUUUUUUCAUAUUAAGGAUCUUAAUUAUAUCAAGGGACAUACAAUUACAUUCAUGUGUUCCUUUUGUAAUAAUGUCUAAUAAAUAUAUCUAGUGUAUUUUCCCUCUUUGAAGCAACAACACAAGUCUAAAAUCUUUUUUUAAA